AUGACGGAAUGCACCACUUCGGAGAACAGUGGCCCGCCUGAAGGAGUCAUUGCAGGCUUUCAGACACCUGGUGGGGUAGCUAUCAACCGUAGCUGGCUUCUGAUGAAGUACUUAACAGCCAAAACCACCAUCCCAAUUCCACGAUCCCCCACAGCCCCGAAUAAAAUAAAUCUACUUCAUUUCACCAUGGCCCCCACCCUCGUCACCCUCGUCCGCCACGGCCAAGCCGCCCACAACGUCGACUUCCAGCACCACCUCCACGACACCUACCUCACGCCCCUAGGCGAAUCCCAAUGCCAAUCCCUCCCGUCGCGAUUUCCAGCCGAGCCCCCAGUCACGCUGCUGGUGUCCUCGCCGCUCAAGCGCACGCUGCAGACCACGCUGAUCGGGUUUGCGCCGCAGGUGCAGAGCGGAGUCAAGAUUGAGGUGGUGCCCGAAUUUCAAGAGGCCUCGGCGCUGCCGUGUGACACCGGGAGUCCGAGGGAGGUGUUGGAGAAGGAGGAGGCAUUUAAAGGCUUGGAUUUUAGUAGGUUGGGGGAUGAUUGGGAUUCGAAGAAAGGCAAGUGGGCGCCGGAGCCGGAACCUUUGAGGGCGCGGGCGAAGGAGGCGAGGAACUACUUGAAAUCUCUGGAUACGAGCCAUGUCGUUGCUGUUCUACACGGCGCUUUCCUGCACUACCUGACCGAGGACUGGGCCGGCGACGGAUCGUUCCCCGGUACGGGAUGGAGCAAUACCGAGUUCCGCUCGUACACGUUCAAGGACGAGGAGGGCGACAAUGCGACACUGGUAGAGACCAAGGAGUCGCAUGAGAGGAGGACGGAGCAUCCGUUGGGUAAUACGGAGAUGAAGGAGUUUGAGGAGGUGGGGGGGAAGAAGAAUUGA